UGGGCCAGCCCUCCAAAUCAUUGGAUUCAGGUGUUCCAAUCACCUCCAUGGUCACAGGUGUAUAAAAUCAUCACCUAGGCAUGCAGACUGCUUCUACAAACAUUGGUGAAAGAAUGGGUCGCUCUCAGGAGCUCAGUGACUCCAAGCGUGGUCCCGUGAUAGGUGGCCACCUGUGUAAUAAGUCCAUCCGUGACAUUUCCUGGCUACUAAAUAUUCCACGCUCAACUGUUAGUGGUAUUAUAACAAAGUGGAAGAAACUGGUAACAGCAACAACUCAGCCAUGACCUAGUAGGCCAGGUAAAAUGACAGAGGAGGGUCAGGGCAU